AUGAGGCGCUCCUGCCCCGUCCGAACCCCCCAGCUACGAACUGCUUCUCCCAGCACGCUGCAGCAUUUGGGACGAGUCUCCACACGAAAGCGGGCUUUUCAACGUUUGUUUCCGGCUCAGCUGUCCUUCUUCCUCCUGUUCGCUCUCUUCUCCUGUGACCGUACAUCAUUUGCAGCGUGUCGUGUGUCGCCUGCGGAGUUUGCUCAGUUUAGCCAGGAGGGUCCGAACAGCCUUGGCGUGCCGCUGCCACACACCCAGCCGCCUUUGCCUCCGCCAGCUCUCGUUCAGACUGCCGAUGGGAUUCAGUCUGUUCACUCGGGAAUCACUCUUUCGCCGUACAUCUUCGGCGCCUCUUCCGAAGAACCCCCGCCGCCAGGGGACAGCGGGGCCCCCGACUUCCGCGCAGGAGACGGGAGCUUCGAAACGCGCGUGUCGGACGCGUUUUCUUCUCUGAGCGCUGGAUCGGUGUCUCCUCUUUCGCCGGGUGGUUCCUUUGCUGCGGAUGCGUCCACCUCUUCUCCCGCAGGCACAGAAAUGCUUUCGCUCGUUCGCUCCGGAUGCGUGGGGCCCCGGUGCUCGCGGGUGGUUGCUUUCGUCUCUGCGGCCAACGCCCACGCUCUUCCGCACGGCCCGCGCGACUUCAGGGUACCCGUCAGGCACAAGGCGCUUCCGCGAGGCGCCGCGCAGCCUUUCGUCUCGAGCCCCGGGUUGGCGCCUGUCCUGGCUGCCGCAGCCCAGGCGCCGCCGGUGCACUCUGGUCUGCUGACUGUCACUGCGGCCGCGGCCGCUCCCGCCCUCCUGCCGUCAUUCCUUUCGGUUCGGGCGUUUGCGUCCCCGCCGGAGGAAAAGCGCUCUGCGGGUUUGGCCCAGCCGGGUGGAACUCAGGAACUCUUGGCGUUGUCGCCGCACCGCGGGGGGGGGGCUGCCAGCCUUCUUGAGGAUUCCUGCCAGGAUGGCGUGCGCAGCGACGCCCUGGACGGCCUCGAGCGCAGCAGCGACGCGCUUGCCCGCGAGGCUGUCGAGUUGUCUGCGAUGCAGACUGGCCAGGGAGGGAAGGGCAUGCCAGCCGAAGAGACGGCAGGGAGACGGCGGCCCUCCCAAACGAGUGAAGCUGAUUCCCGAAGGCCAAGGCUCCCUAGGGCCCUCCGUGCUGUCAGCAACUCCGUUCGCGGCGUCGUUUCGUCGGCAGUCGGAACCCUGAGACGGCUCUCCGGUUUUGGCUUGCUUCGGCGGGGUAGAUCGCUGUGGAGUCAACUGAGAGCGAGGUGGCCCCGGUCGCGCCGCGAACGCAGCCCGUCUCAGAUGGCAGAAUUGAUUGGUACAUGGCUUGACAAGAAUGAGCAAGACGUGAGGAAAGGGAAGAAAAAACUUCUUCUGCUCGUGCGGCACGCGGAGUCGGCGUUCAAUCAGUGGAGAAGAGAAUCCUUCAGCGCGUUUCGAGUGAGAGACAUGUUGACAUACGAUCCGAACAUGCCAGACGUUUGCCUGACAUCUCGAGGGCUGCAGCAGUGUCAGAAGGCCUCAGAUUUUUAUCGGGAUACCUGUCGCGCGCUUCCUUCAUUGAAGGUGGAUCUUUUCGUCGUCUCUCCCCUCAUGCGAACCGUGCAGACGGCGCUUAACAUUUUUUCCUGUCCUCCUCGCUCUGAGGACAACGAACGAAAGAUCUCUCUCUCAUCGGGAGAGACCCUCUCGGGAGCAGUGGGAGCCGUUGAGCACCCCCUGCAGAGUGCUCACAAAUUCCUGCUAUUCCCUCUUUUGCGGGAGCGGACAGACACCACCGGCGAUACGGGGAGAGAUCCAGAGGCGCUUCGCAUUCACCUAGAGACCCUGCGGGCCGAGGGGCAAAUUCCACAGUCCUGCGACGUCGACGAGGCGCUUGACUGGUCGCUGAUGUACCCAGGAAACAAGUGGUGGCUCCAGUUCACUGACGAUGAGGCUGCGGCAGCACAACAUAUCGUAAAUCAGCCGUGGUAUGAGGGCACGGACGACCCUACGCAGAAAUCAAGCGUGCUGGAGCAUGUCGAAGACGGAGAGGGCGCAGCUGAUCCACUCUCGGUGUCUUUGACAGACAGAAAGAAAACGGGAGAGAUCAGAGCAGGCCGUUUCGAAGGCGAAAGUGAUAAGACUCGUCUUGAGGGGGAGCCGAAAAGUGUACGACAGAAGGUCGUCGAGGCACUAAAAUCAAGCUAUACGGAAGUCGCUGACUGUCAGAGAGAAGAGGCGUGGAGAAGGCGCCUUCAGGCCUCAUGGCGCUUCCGGAAGGUUCCUCUUGAGAACAAACAACACGUUUUGAUUCGAAGUCAGCUGGGCCUAAAGGCUCUGUGCAGCGUCAAGGAGGCCAAGGUAGUGGUCAUGGUCGGCCACUCCGUCACGUUUCGCAUCCUCACGUCGAGCCCUAAAAUGGGGAACGCCUCGAUUGUUCCUUUUGUCCUCAACUGUCAGGACAAAACAGUCACUGAACUCGUUGAGUAG